CAUGAAACAUUCAGAUAUUCAUGAUCUGAUUCGGCCUGUUUUAUGCGAAAACAUCAUAAAAACCUGCAAGCAACGUUUAGCAGCAUCCAGUCCAAUUUUAAUACAAGGACUUAUUGGCAUAACUCUAAGCAAUGAAGAUGUUAUUCUGGUAAACAUAAAGUCUACCAUAGAUUGCAAUGAGGAGUUUGAAACGCAAACAAACCGGGAUAGUAGGUCGUCUUCCCCCACAUUCGUCCAUAAACGAAAAGGCAAAUACCCUCAAAAGAUUCUCAGGCAAUUUGAUGCAAGAUCCCCCUCACCUGAGAAAUUAAGUGAUUUAAUCACUUGCGAUCAAGAUGUGGCCGUAAAUAAUUGCCAGCGAUCUUUGCUCACUUCGCCAAUAAAAGCCAAGCGAAAAAGAAAAUUUAAACGAGAGGCAUCAAUCAGUAGUCAAGAGUCGGUCUCCGGCAUUGCUGACACUCCGGGUAAAUCGAACUCAGAUUCAUUUUCUACUAUUUGUAAAAGCAUAGAGCCAUCCGAUGGUGACGUGAGAAAUCUAAGCGAUAGUGAUAAUGGCGACGAAGAUUCUAUUACAACCUCUUCAGCAUUAAACCUAAAUGCGUUGUCUUCCCAAGCGUUUAAUCCAGAAGUGUGCUGUCCUAUCUGCUUGAAAGAGUUUUCGAACAAGGGCAACUUAAGAAGACAUUUGAAACAUAUCCAUGAUUAUGGCAAAGACAAGACCAAAGAGCCAAAUGUAAUUGAGUUGCCUAUUGUGCCUAUACCAACCGUCCAAACACCACAACUAUUAAAUCCUCCAGUAAGCCAAAGUCCUCCAUGUACUAUAUGCGGUAAAAUUUUCUCGAACUAUGGAAAUUUGCGAAGGCAUAUGAAAUUGCAUGAGGGUGAGAACAAUAUUGGUGAUAAUUCUAAACUUGAGAAAGUAAAUUUUGCCGCUUUUCAAACUCACACCUGUCCAAAUUGUUCAAAAGAAUUUUCGACUAUGGGAAAUUUACGAAGGCAUAUGAAAUUAACUGAUGGAUGUAGAGAAAGUGGACUUAUGCCUGUAACUAAUAAGACUAGUAAACAGAAUUAUUCGUGUGAUGAAUGUGGAAAGAGUUUUGUAAACGGAGGCAAUUUGAAGAGGCAUCAGAAAACUCACAAUAAUCAGAAGGAGUUCAAGUGCACUCUAUGUGAUAAAGAAUUUCAUAGACGAGAUAAAUAUCUGGAGCAUAUGAAAGGUCACUAUCCAAGCCAUACAGACGAAAUAGGAGAUCGACAGGAUGAAAACGAGUCUGAUCGUUUCGAGGAUGGUAACAAGAAACUAAUUUGUGCUAUCUGCUUUACUGAAUUUGAGGACGAAGGUAAACUGCGGCUACACCAUCUUCAAGCCCACGCUUUUAGCAGGGCUGCUAGAAAACCUAACGAAGAUAAUACUAACUUAGGAUCCCUCAAGAUGGAACAAAACAGUGAAGAAGACAAUGACGAAGAGACCAACGAUGACGAAGAAGACGAUGGGAAUAACAUGGAACUCGCUCAAUAA